CUAAAAUGGAACACGGUGAUACAGAGGAGACCUUUCAAGUGUCUAGUGAUGAGACUUUGCAAGACAACCCUUCUACAACUGGGGAGACCACAGAUGAGACUACACUUGUAACAAGCACUCAGGCCAUGGCAUCUUCCAUUUACACCCCCAGCGAACAGAGGUCGGAUGUGUCCCAAGGCAUGGAGAACAUAUCAGAGCCAGGUGACACAGGAGUGGUGACUUCCUCCCCAUUUGCCUCUCUGCGUCAGUUCAGCAAAGACUUAGAUGACAGUGAUGAUGAUGAAAAGGAACAAGAACCGCAUGACCCCGAAGAGGAAGAGAAGUCUGCUGAUGAAGAGAAAGGGGAUGAUGAAGAUGAAGAAUUGGUGGUUUUAGACCCAAAUCAUCCAUUGAUGACAAGGUUCCAGACGGCUCUGAAGAGUUACCUUACCAAACAGAUCCAAAGUCUGGACUUGGAGCUGCGUGACAUGAAUGCAUCGAUGAAGAAAAAUAAAGGUGAACGGGAAGAUCUUGGCGUGAUUUUGUAUGGCAUACAGCAGGAAUUGGCUCAUCUGCAGAUGAGCUUAGAGAAGCAUCACGAUAAACAUGGCCAGGUUUCCACCCUACGACGACAGAUAGAAGAAGACCUGGAAGCCAUUAGGAACAUGUAUAAGACAACCCACCAGUCCAGUGAUGCAGAGCGUAAAAAGGUGUCCUCUAUGCAAGCAGAGGUAGAAAACUUGGCACUGCGUUUAUUCUACAUGGAGAAUGUGAGCCGAGAUGUGGCCUCGGACAUCUCAGUGAUUAAACGUGCUGUGCAAAAGACUGAGGCAGAGAGGAUUCAAGCAGAGGUGGAGAAGAAGAAACAGGAUAUGAAUGUGGAUCGUCUAAUUCGAGAAGCAGACCGGUUGCGAGAACAAAUUGCUCUCUAUGAAGCACAGUUUGCUGCUCAAAGAGAAGAUACAAAAGCAGCACGAGAUGUAGUAACAGAGGCUAACAUGGAAAUUGAAGCAAUUGGACUAGAAAAGAGACAGCUUCUCUAUCAGUGGAAUAGCAGCUUAAUUGGGAUGACAAGGAGAGAUGAAGCCUAUUCUGCCAUUCAGGAAGCUCUUAGUCUGGCACAUCAGGAACUGCGUUCCAUGGACACAGAAAUUGAAAGUUAUAAGAAAUCUAUCACAAAAGAAGAGGAAAGAAAUGAGAAGCUGGCCUUUAUGAAAAACCGAGCAGAGAGUGAUGCAGCCAUGAGCAAGAAACUUAUUACCCAAUGUCAAGCCAGACAGGAAGCACUGAGAGUGGAGUUUAGCACAUACAUGCGUACAUUACAGGAAACUGAGCAAGCUCUGAGCAGGGUCACCACUGAUCGAGCUGUUCGCUUCAGUGAGCUGGCUAACCUGCUGAAACAAAUUGAAAAAGAAUCCCAAAUAAAAGGGACUUUGGAAAACCAAAUAUUGGAAAAGCUACAAGGAAGGUUGACAUCGGAUAAAGCUGCUAAAUAUGCAUCACUUUUAACAGGGAAGCUACAGAAAAGACAACUAGAACUGGAAAUUGAUUGUACUAAAAUGGAAAAUGAGACAUCUCAGGUGCAGCUGGAGGUUAAUCAUAGUACAUCGUGUAUUCAAGCUCUGCAGAAGACCCUGGAUGACUUGGAUAAGAAAGUUCAGGCCACCAAUGAGUUAAUCUCUGGCAGUCAGAGUGAAAUUGCAAAGCGCACAAUAACAAUUGAGAGGAAGCAGUCCACCAUUAAUUUAUAUAGCAAGCAGAUUGAGUCAACACUUGCUGAGAUUGGGGGUAAAGAACUAGGUCCUCUGGAGAUCCAGAUCACUGCUCUGACCAAACAGAUAGAGGAAUGCAAUACAGAAAUUGUAGCAGUGCAGCAGUAUUGGCUCCGUUUGCAGACAGAGAUGGUCCAGUUGACCAGGCAGAGGGAAGAUCAGGAUGCUUCAGUAGAUAUGUUGAAGAAAGAACUGACUAUAUUACAACAGAGGAAAAUUCGCAUAGAAAAUGAAAUUGAGCAGGAGAAUAAUGAGCAAAAGAAUAUUGAGCAUCAUAUGAGAAACCUGAAAAAUGACAUGCUACGUCUGAACAUGCUGCUAAGUAAGAACGCGAGCUCUAAGGAACAAUUACAGCAGCACAAUCAGCUGAUGGAGAGCGAGUUUAUACAAUCUCUACGGGAGGCUGAGAGAGAAUCAGUAGAGAUGCAGGAGAAUCUAGAAGACCUUCAAGAAGAGAAGGAGAGGCUACUGAAGAGUCUAGUGGAAACUGAGCAUCAAAUUAUGCUUUGGGAGAAGAGGAUUCAGCUGGCAAAGGAAAUGAGAAACGCGGUGGACUCAGAGACGGGACAAGGAGAAAUCCGAGCAAUGAAAGCAGAGAUACAUCGUAUGCAGGUACGUUAUGCUCAGCUGAUGAAGCAGCAGGAGAAGAUGAUCCGAGACACAGAGGCUGUAGUGUCUCGCAGAGAAACAAUUAUGAUACAGGGAAAGAACCAGAGUGGGAAAGACAAAAAACACCUGACAGCCAGCGACUUUCGUAGCAAGCUGCAGGAAUUACGGAAGAAGAUAAAGGAAACCAUAAAGAAUAUAGAAGAAUGUACCAACACCAUCUUUGACCUUGAAGAGAAUCAGAGGUCACUCAGUGCUGCCAUUACAGAGAAAGAGAACGGCAUCUCAAGUCUGAAAGUAGACACCAGCUCCAUGGAGAGUGAAAUGGAGCACCUACAGGAGAAGAAGCGUCUGAACCUGACAAAGAUUGUGGCCUAUCAGACUCGUAUGAAGCAUUUGCAGGCUGUGAAAGAAGGAAAAUACACCCCAGUUUUCAGCACCUUGCAAACUCUAGAAGUUGAGCAACAGAAGCAAGAAAACCGCUUGCAUACAGUCAGCACAAUCAUUCACCAGAUCCAGCAGGAAUACCCUCAGUAUCAGAAUGUCCUGCACAAUGUUAGUCUUGCACUGGAAGCAAGGCUUGGCCCUCAGGAAAUUGUCACAGAGAGGAUUCCAUGA